AUGGCAGCCAAAAUGUCAAUGCAUGAUUACUCGUCUCAUGAUGCGGCGUAUAAGAGUCAGGAGUUCGAUAAUUCAACACGGCGUUCGUUUGACCGCCGAUCCACGGUGGCUUUUCCGGGUAUGGAGGGUAAGUACGUGGCUAAGGGCCAAUUCUCGGGCAAGUCGAUCGCAGUGCUGAGCAGUGGUGGAGACGCUCAAGGGAUGAACUCGGCCAUCCGCGCUGUCGUGCGAAUGGGUCUCUACUGUGGAUGUCGCGUCUUCUUUGUCAAGGAGGGCUAUCAGGGCCUUGUGGAUGGGGGCAAAAACAUCAGAGAGGCGACAUGGGCUGAUGUUUCCGGUAUCAUGCAACUGGGAGGCACGGUGAUCGGUUCGGCGCGUUGCAAGGAUUUUCGCGAUAGGGCAGGCCGUGAGAAGGCGGCACUUAACAUGGUGAAGCAUGGCAUUCACAAUCUUGUUGUCAUCGGUGGUGACGGUUCUCUCACUGGAGCCAACGAGUUUCGUGUUGAAUGGGCCUCCCUUCUUGCCUCGCUUUACGAAAAUGCAAAAAUCACCGAUGAGGAGAAAUCGAACCAUGAGCACCUUAACAUAGUUGGCAUAGUGGGCAGCAUUGACAACGACUUCUGCGGUACUGACAUGACCAUCGGCGCGGAUUCGGCGCUGCACCGUGUAAUUGAGGCGGCGGAUGCUAUUGUAACCACGGCGCAGUCACAUCAACGUUGCUUCAUUCUGGAAGUUAUGGGACGCAAUUGUGGUUAUCUUGCUCUCAUUUCGGCUCUUGCCUCUGAAGCUGAUUGGGUCUUCAUCCCCGAGGUACCACCGAUGGACAACUGGCCCGAGUUGCUCUGUUCGAAGGUUCGAAGGAAUCGUGAACGCGGCCAACGUGUGAGCAUCAUUAUGAUAGCCGAAGGUGCGGUGGAUCGAGAGAAUAAGCCAAUUACCUGUGAGAUGGUGCAAAAAUUAAUGGUGGACGAGUUGGGUUUGGACACGCGUAUCACAGUGCUGGGACACGUGCAGCGUGGCGGUCGCCCCUCGGCUUUUGAUCGCCUCCUCGGUGUUCGCAUGGGUGCUGAGGCGGUGUUGGCUCUCAUGGAUGCGGACAAGAAUCCCGACCUUCCCUCUUGUGUCAUCACUCUCGUAGGAAAUCAAGCUGUUCGUCUGCCAUUGAUGCACUGUGUAGAGAAGACCCGAGCUGUGGCUGUCGCUAUCGCGAAGCGCGAUUUUGAACAGGCGGUAUUCCUCCGUGGACGGAGCUUCAUGACCAAUGUGGACACGUAUAUCACUCUGUCCAAAAUCAACCCUCCAACUGUUGAAAAUAGGGCGAAAUUGCGUGUCGCUGUUGUGAAUGUGGGCGCACCAGCGGGUGGAGUGAAUGCGGCAAUGCGUAGCUUCACACGUAUUGCCAUCACUAGGGGCUACCAUGUGGUGGGCAUCUUUGAGGGCUUCCAGGGCCUUGUCAAUGGCGAGGUUCGUGACAUCUUCUGGGACGAUGUCAGGGGCUGGGUCUCCCAAGGUGGCUCCAACCUCGGCACUCGUCGACCUACACCGAGGGAAGUUGGCUUGGACGCAGUGGCCGCCCGAUUGGGCGAAUUCAGGAUCAGUGGUCUCCUGGUGAUUGGUGGUUUUGAGGCUUUCGAAUGUAUGAUCGACUUGGUGGAGGGUAGGAGCGAACACAAGGAGCUUUGCAUCCCUAUGAUCAUGAUCCCGGCCACAAUCAGCAACAACGUGCCUGGUACUGACUUCUCCCUAGGGGCUGACACCGCUCUCAAUGAGAUCACUCUGGCAAUUGACAAAAUCAAGCAGAGUGCCACAGGUACUAAGCGUCGUGUCUUUGUGGUGGAGACAAUGGGCGGCUACUGUGGCUAUCUAGCAACAAUGGGCGCCGUGGCAGGAGGCGCCGACGCAGCGUAUAUCCAUGAGGAGGCCUUCGGCAUUGACGAUUUGCGCGAGGACGUCACACACCUGCGCGCCAAGAUGGCCUCCAAUGUGCAACGUGGUCUGGUGCUGCGUGCCGAGUUGGCCAACAAGAACUACUCCACGGAUUUCAUCCAUAAACUCUACUCAGAGGAGGGUCAGGGCAUCUUCGACUGCAGAAUGACGGUGUUGGGUCACAUUCAACAGGGUGGUGAGCCCUCGCCUUUUGAUCGUAUUCUGGGAACCAAACUGGGUGUUCUUGCUAUAGAAUGGUUGGACAAUCAAAUGAGCGCUUUCCUCAAUGAGAAUGGCGUAGUGAGCACAAAUGGCGACGAGACGUCUGUGCUUCUGGGACUAGUCAAGCGCGCUUAUGAGUACUCUCGAGUGGUUGAUCUGAAACGCGUGACUGACUUCAAACAUCGUGUACCCUGUGACAACUGGUGGCUCAAUCUACGCCCUCUGAUGCGUAUCAUGGCAAAGCACGAGAGUCUCUACGAAUCUGAGAGUAUAAUGCUCGGAGCUGACCGCAUCUAA